UUUUUGUUCUACCCUGGUUGCUGAUCCUAAGAAUUUUGCUUACAUCUCCCUUGUUAUAACCCUUAUACCACUUAAAGACUUCUAUCAGGUCCCCUCUUAACCUACGUCUCUCUAGAGAAUGUAAAUUUAACCGCUUCAACCUCGCUUCGUAAGGAAUACUCCUCAUCCCCUGUAUCCUUUUAGUCAUUCUCCUCUGUACUGAUUCUAAUAGACCUAUAUCUUUCCUGUAAUGUGGGGACCAGAACUGCAUAGCGUAGUCUAGAUGAGGUCUGACCAGCGCCAAGUAUAACUUUAAUAUUACUUCCGGCCUUCUACUUUUAACACUCCUAAAAAUGAAUCCUAGUACCCUAUUUGCCUUGUUUCUGGCUUCUAUGCAUUGUUUCCCUAGACGGAGUUCAGAGCUAACUAUAACUCCUAAAUCUUUCUCGUACCCUGUACCUACCAGAGUUUGGGUGUUUAAUGUGUACCUAUUGUGUGGGUUUCCUCUACCUACGCUAAGCACUUUGCAUUUAUUGAUAUUAAAUUGCAUUUGCCAUCUAUCCGUCCAUUCAUUCAUUCUAUCUAAGUCUGUCUGCAAGGCGAUGGCAUCCGCUUCUGACCUAAUUAAUCUACCUAUCUUUGUGUCAUCCGCAAAUUUACUAACAUCGCUACUAAUUCCACUAUCCAAGUCAUUGAUAUAUAUUAGAAAUAAUAAUGGCCCUAAUACUGAUCCCUGUGGCACCCCACUAAUGACAUGACCCCAUUCGGAUUUCGAGCCGUUUAUUAGCACUCUCUGUCGCCUGUUACCAAGCCAUGACCCUAUCCAACCUAACACCUUCCCAUCUAUCCCGUGCGCCCUAACCUUUCUCAGGAGCCUUUGAUGGGGCACCUUGUCGAAUGCUUUACUAAAGUCCAGAUAUAAGAUAUCAUAACUAUCACCAUUAUCUACUGCCUCGUACACCUUACUGUAAAAACUUAACAAGUUUGUCAGGCAAGACUUCCCCUUCGUGAAGCCAUGCUGUGACUGAUUUAUCAAGUUAUGUUUGUCUAAAUGUUCCCUAAUGUUCCUGGCUAUUAUUGACUCUAACAUUUUACCUACAACUGAAGUUAAGCUGACAGGUCUAUAAUUAGACACUAAAGUUUUAUUUCCUUUCUUAAAGAUGGGUACUACAUUAGCCUGCCUCCACAUUACUGGUACCUCACCCGACUCCAGUGAUUUCCUAAAAACAGAAACUAACGGCUCACUAAUAAUCUCUUUACAUUCCUUCAGUACUCUGGGAUAUAUUUCAUCAGGUCCUGGUGACUUGAACUUUUUUAGCCUAUCUAUCUCCUGCUCCACUAUCUCCCUAGUUAUGGAAAUAUCCGUCAGCUUCUCAUACUCAUCUGCUGUAAACACCUGUUCACUAUCUGGCAUAUCCUGCAUGUUUUCCUGAGUGAAGACAGUUAAAAAAUAAUCAUUCAGAAGUUUACUAAUCUCCUCCCCAGAACUAACCAGCUCCCCAUCUGCUGCCUUUAAUGGACCUACAGUAUCCUUAUUUUUCGUCCUGUAUACCUGAUAAAAUCCCUUGGGGUCCGUCUUCGCCUGGCUGGCUACCUUUAAUUCAUAAUUGUCCUUAGCUUUCCUCGUUAACUUCCUGACUCUUCUAACUAAUUCAUUAUACUGUAUCCUUAAAACUUCCUCACCUGCUUACGCAGAGUACAGCAAGAUCAUUACCCUCCAGACGCGUAAGUCAAGAAGCGCACAGCGCACACAUUUGCUGUGUCUGCUUGAGUGUGUGAUGUUAAUGUUUGUCAGUAUCACAAUAUCUCAUUAAUUUCAGAAUUAGUAAAACUAAAACGAACACUUCGUGUCAUACUCGCAUUUUCACUGUUUUACGUAAUUCUCUGAUAUCUGUUUAUGUUUCUCCUCAGUUUUUAAAGAUCCGUGCAAAUAUUACUUUAAUUCAUCACAAAACUUUUAAACAUUCGUGCUUACUUAUAAUGACUGACGAAGAGUGGCAGGCGGAAUGAAAUUGAAGGAAUGGAAGACGAGUGAACAUCAAUAUAUUGUUUGAAACGUGUCCCAGUGUCAGCAUGAGAUUCUGUCCUACAGGUUGCGUCCCUGGACAUUUUGUACCUAACUGUUCCCUUAUGUGUAACGACUGUCCCGGGGAAUGCGACUGCUCGGGGUGUGUGUGUCCCCCGCGCAGGACUGGACCCAUCUGCGAACUUGAGUGUCCCUCGGGUUUCUACAGACCCAGCUGUAACGAGGCGAGUCCUGCUUGCCGAGUAUAACUAAAUAUGGCCCGAUGGAUCCAUCACUACACUUGUAAAACUGCAGUAAAUGUUACAUAAAAAUUACAAUUGGCCAUUUUUCUAUCAACACGCUUUUCCUUAUGAUCAUAAAGGUUAUUUUUUCCUGAUAGGUGUGUCGCUGUGAGAACGGCGGCACAUGUGAUACCGUGACUGGCAACCGCACGUGUCCACCAAGUGUGUCCGGAGAAUUUUGUGAAGACGGCUGCCCUGCAGAGUGGGGUGUGCGAGUGUAAAGCAGGAUAUGUUGGCAUUGACUGCUCCAAAGAGUGCCCAGAGGGAAAGUGGGGCGCCGGGUGUCUGCAUGAGUGCCAGUGUGCCAAUGGAGCCACGUGUCAUCCCGCUACGGGCGUCUGUGGCCUAGACUGUCCCCCAGGAUUCAUGGGAACCGAAUGCAACACACCGUGUCCGGCUGGUCACUAUGGACCGGGGUGUAUGAAGGCGUGUAUGUGCGGCCUGCGACCCUGCGACCCAAGCACAAGCGUGUGUCUCUGUCCGGCGGGGAACAAGGGACCAAACUGCAAUCAAGCGUGUUCUGAGGGACAGUGGGGACAAAACUGCUUGAGGAAGUGCGAAUGCCAAAACGGUGCUACGUGCAACUCUGUGACUGGAGAAUGCCACUGUCAGCCAGGAUAUGUGGGCCCUACGUGUGAGGCAACGUGCCCCGCCGGCAGGUAUGGUGUCAACUGUAGUGGAAUAUGUGGGUGCCUCAAUGGUGCCUCCUGCGACCACAGGACUGGCCGGUGCCAGUGCCUACCGGGAUUCACAGGUCUUAGCUGCAGUCAGCCCUGUCCCCUGGGACGAUUCGGUCAGGACUGUGUACAAGUAUGUGACUGCAACGACGGUGGUGGGUGUGACAAGGUGACCGGGGAGUGCACAUGUGCGCCGGGGUGGCGAGGGUCUCAGUGCAAACUCAAAUGCGAGGAGGGUCGCUAUGGAGCAGGUUGUGCCAUGAACUGUAGCUGUGCCAAUGGAGGCGAAUGUGACCACAUUUCAGGCGCCUGCAUGUGUCGUCCAGGGUGGCGCGGGACAUUCUGUUCCAGGCCGUGCUCAGACAGGUUUUGGAGCAUAGAGUGUCGGUACCAGUGUGACUGUGAUGUUGGCGCGACCUGUGACCCCGCCACGGGAGUGUGCUCGUGUCCGCCUGGCAAACGCGGCCAUCACUGUUCCAACAAAUGCGGGCCGGAUAGUUACGGUGCAGGGUGUGUCUUCAAGUGCGAGUGUCGGCACGGAGGUGAAUGUGAUCCUGAGAGUGGGGUGUGCAAGUGUGCCCCAGGAUGGCGGGGACCACAGUGCCAGAAAUCCUGUCCUAAAGGGAAGUGGGGAGCGGGAUGUGAACGCGUAUGCGACUGUGAGCAAGAAGCAAGUUGCCAUGCGAUCACAGGCCAGUGCCAGUGUCCUCCAGGCUUCAUUGGUGACAGGUGUCAGUUCAUCUGCGCUCUGGGUCAGUACGGGGAAAGCUGCAGCAAGGAGUGCCGCUGUGGGCCGUCUCAGCCGUGUGACCACGUGAGCGGGGAGUGUUCGUGUCCGCCAGGUCGCGAGGGACAGCAGUGCCACCAGUACUGUGCCGAGGGGCGGUGGGGCGAAGGAUGUCGCCAGCAGUGCAAAUGUGCAGGAUCAUCCCUGUGCGACCCGAUGAGUGAGGAGUGUUUCUGUCCCGCGGGACUCAAGGGCAGGAAGUGCCGCAGGGAAUGUCCGAGGGGCAGUUACGGCGUCGACUGUAAGCAGUGUAAAAAUGGUGGGACGUGUGACCGCGUGACUGGCCAGUGUGAGUGUCGCGACAACUACUACGGCGCCACCUGCUCCCUCACUUGUCCCUCCGCCACUUACGGGCCAGGAUGUAAUCAGACGUGCGAAUGUGAGCAUGGCGGGGUGUGUGAUGCGACAGGGGCGUGCAACUGCCCAGCAGGGUACAGUGGCACGCUUUGCGAGAUCUCCUGCCAGCCCGGUACUAGGGGCCACCGCUGCAGCUCUCAGUGUCGCUGUAAAAACGACGCUGUCUGCCAUCCAGCUACUGGAGAAUGCCAGUGUGGGCUGGGAUGGACAGGACCAUUCUGCGACCAGGCGUCCGAUCCAGGCAUGUAUGGACCUGACUGCCGCAUGGACUGUGCCUGUCACCACAAUGCUUCUUGCGACCGCUUCUCUGGCUGCUGCGAGUGUGGUCCCGGCAGAUACGGGCGUUAUUGCUAGUUAGGUUAGACUAUCAUCAUUUUUUUUUUUUAUCUAUCGUCUAAAGUUGACGCGUUUCAGUAAUUCACAAUACGGGCACGUUACUUUUUUUUUUUUUUUUACCUAAUUUGCCUUUUUCUAUGCCUGCAAAAUAAAAUUACCAUUGAUAAAAACAAAGAAAAGUUGUGCCAACAAUAACAAUAGCGGCAUUUCUCACGCAUGUUUUCUUUGUGGCAGUGUCCGGCAGGGUUCUAUGGGGCGUAUUGCACUAGUGUGUGUGACUGCCGCAACGGUGCCACGUGUGACCCUAAGACUGGCCAGUGCCGCUGUCCCCCGGCUUUUAUGGGUGACACUUGUGGAGAAAUGUGUCCACAAGAAAUGCCACUGUGGUCUCUACCCGUGCCACCGGGAAACCGGAGUAUGCCAGUGUCCGCCGGGCAGGACGGGACCAAAUUGUGCCAUGCCAUGUGUGGAGGGCAAAUAUGGUCCCGGUUGUCAGCAAGUGUGUGAAUGUUACCAUGGCGGCAGCUGCCAUCCCGCCACUGGCCACUGUUCUUGUACCCCGGGUUGGCUGGGACCCACCUGCCGCGAGGAGGAUGGUGAGUAUUUCACUCCUUGCUUUGAGAAAAAAUGUAUACUUAUAACGCUAGACAUCCUUCAACGCUAUUAACUAACGUCUAUCUCUUUCCUUCCCACACGCGCAUUCAGGAGAUCGAAUCUCCUACGUGACGACCAGCGACCAGCGUGGCCGAGCAGACAUCCCAGUGGAGCUGAGCUGAUUUGAUAGCGACCAGUCCAAGCGACGCCCAGCAAGGCCACGUGACCACGAACAAUGAUUCUUUUAUUUACUGAUCUCUAAGGAGACACUUACAGGUGUAGUGUCUCCAGGCCGUGUGUGUGUGUGCGUGUGUGUGUGUGUGUGUGUGUGUGUGUGUGUGUGUGUAAAAGGUU